AUGAUUUCUUCAUUGUUACGACCAUCGUCAUGUCGCAUUCUCUUUUUUUGCUGCGUUGGUUCUUGUCGAGAUGACACACACCCAAAGGGAAUACAAAAUCUGCCGUCUACAGCAGGACAUGGAGGACAAAACUGUUCUCUCAUCGCUAGUUUGGAAUUGUUGCGCUCUUUCCGUGACAAGCUCGAUGGAAGCCUUGAAGCUGUUCAAUGCAUGAAGCAAAUUUGGGAUGUCCCACGAACGGAGGAUGGACAAAAGAAAGCGGGAAAGCUUGUAAACGACUUGCGCGAAAAGCUGGGCUAUGCUGCCGAUGUGCCUCUCGGAAACGAGUCAGCUUUUCUAAAGCUCACGAAUCUUAUGUCAAAUCCGGACGAAGUAUUUGGAGAUGAAAAAGCGUACAAAAUCGUAAGGGGCAGCUUGUUGGGUCGGACUGAGUUUUGUGGUAAUAAAGGCUCUGGCUUUAAACCACAAGUGUAUCUCGACCAGAAUGAAGGAUACAAAAUCAUUGGCUGGAUUCAAGGGGUGAACAGUAAGGAAUUUGAGGCAGCACGCCUAUGUUUCGAGCAAGAUCCUCAAGAAAGUCCUAAUCCGUUCGAAGCUCAUGUUACAACGACUAACCAUUCCGUAGCUGUUGUGCGAAUUGAGGAUGGAGAAUAUAGAGGGAUCAGUGACGACAAAAUCGUGCCUUUGAGAGAGCUCCCAAAUACUGUGCCGAGACUCGAUGUUUUCCCAAAGUCUGUUUGUUGUGAUCUUCCUCAAAAAUCAUUUUGCAGACGCCGACGAAGUUUGGGUGAUUGCAAAGAUCUCUAUAUAGAAGUGAUGUUUCACGACGAAGAAAUUGCAAAAGAAGAUAUUGGCAUCUAUAUGGUCUUAUUUCUGGCUCUACACUGUUUUUGCCGCUCUCAUCCUAUGGUUGAUCUGUUCCUAGGGGAGGCCAAUCCAUGCAAUGACAAAGUUGAUGCCGUGAUGGAGUCUUUGACACCCGAAUCUCCUUCAUCUCCGUUUACCUACAAAGCUCCGCCGCCUCAUGAUUUCGUCACUGCGCCGCCACCAGUCCGUUCAGCGACUUCGGCACCGGAUGCCGACAAGCAACAGCUGCGACUGGAGGUGAAUCGCGCCAGCGACAUUCGGUAUUCCGGUGAUGUCAAACGCAAGGAAGAAAUCAACGCUUAUCUCAAUCAAAAGGGUUAUGCUGUCGGUGCUUUUAUCUUUGCUCUACUUGGCUUGCUUCAAACCGUGAGAAUCGAGGAGGAUUUCGUUGCCUGUGCGGUUGUUGUUCUGGUUGUUCUAGUGGUCUACACCGCUUUAGCUUCUUUGUUCCUAUGGUUUUUCUGGACCAAUGGCAGUUUCCUAAAAGCUAAAGCCGAUUUCAAGCAAAUGAGA